GUUUCAUAUCUAUGUUUGUACCAAACACGGCGAUUAGCGAUACACACGCUAGGAUGUUCGUCAAUUUCUAAGAAUUUUUCUCUCUCUCAAUCUCAGGAUCCCUAAUGUUAUCGAGAGUUGUCAUUCUACUGCAAUAAGAUAAAUGCACAUCUGUCGUAUUUAGAAAUCAAACCAAUGAUUUACGGUAAAUUGGAUACACUGGCGUACACAAAUUAAAAAAAGCAUAUUUAUAAAGAUAUUGAGCACAAUUUAUCACAUAGUUGGCAAAACGUUUAUCAAAAAUUUUAUCAACAUUAAGGCGCUUAUAAUGCUUUUGCAGUUAAAUAGAUCUGUGUACAACAGCCUCUAAUAAUCGCACUAAAGCAUGCACCAGAGAUAUCGAUAUCGUUAUCGGAUACACAGGAGCGAACCUCGCCGAGAUAUCACCCACGUGAAGAAUCAACACCACUGAACGUCUAAUUCCCACGCUCGCCGAUAAUAGCCACAAGAGAACAGGGUGAUAAAAAGUUCUCCUCGCGAGUAUCUCUUUCGCUCGAAAAGCUUGCGAGAAUCUUAGCAAAAGCUUGAUGUUUGCAAAUUCGUGGGAUUUGCGACGUGAGAUUUGGAUUUGUAUGCUUGGUGGCGGAUGCGUGACAGUCGUGACGCAGAUUCGAAAAGUACCGUCGGCCGCUGAGCCUCGACGAGGAUUUCGGCGCCGGUGCCGACGAGGAACAUUUUUCCGUCAUUAAUUUUUCCCCGCCCUUUCGUUUCCAGCUCCGCCCGAUGGGUGGUUCCUGACAGCCGCUAUGAUCUCGGGGGAUGCAGCCACGCGAUUACUCCGAUAGGUAGAUACGCGCCGACGCGUUCCAUACCGGCACCAACGACAUCACGGCUGACGUGGUGGGCUUGUUUCAUCAUGCAUCAUAGCGGUAACCGAUGCGAUCCAAUGAACGAAGCGACAGCGCGUACGCAUCAUCCGAUUGGCGGCGCUCAUCCAAUGGCCGUACGGUGGCUCUCCCAGCAUCUACUUCCCCCGAAUCGCGGUCUCUCCGUGCCUCUCCACGGCGUAUGGAAACCCUUCUCUCACACGCAAAAGGGGACAUCUCAUCACGACUCUUGGUAGCAGGCACUUCUCCGUAGUGGGCACUCCACUCAUCGUGUCGUCGUACGGGUUCUCCGCGAGAGGCUGCGGGGCCUGUGUGCCCGGGCGGGCGAGCGAGUGAGCGAACUAGCGAGCGCGAGCGGGCGAGCGCUGGUCGAGUGGGUCUAAGCGGCUGUGAGGACCUCUCCAGGAGUACCCGACAGAAGUCCUCUCCAUUCAUUCAUCCAUCCAUCCAGCCAAGCCAGCCAAGCCAGGCAAGGCAGCCACCCAGCCAGCCAGCCAGCCAGCCAGCCAGCCGGCCAGCUAUCCAUCCAUCCAUCCAUCCAUAGAGCAGGCUCUUCUCCUACGGAGAGAGUAUAUCCUCGACGAAGGUGGAGGCGAAGCGUAGAGUGGUACAUCUACCAUCGUCUCUCUAUCGGCAGAAUCCAAGGACUCAAAGACCCCCGUGUGAUUUCAGUCGGCCGCCGGCCGGCUCUGGCCGGCCACUAUCCUCGACCACGUGUGUGUAAGGUCGCCGUGUAAGGUCGACAGCUCUUUCGACUACGUUCGCGCGUGCCACUAGGAUUUUCGAAAGGCAACAACGAUACAACGUCGAUCACGCUCUCUUGUCCCAACGGUAUCGAGAGAUUUAACAAUCUACCUCGGGAGCCAUCCGAGUCGGCCGCCGGCCGACUGCGCCAUCGAUUUUUCUACUCGGUGACGCUGUUUGUAUAUCAUGCGGUUGAAGCGAUUCUUCGUUUUCGAUGUCAACCUCACAGUUUUCAAGGACAGUUUCUAGGAAAAGAGAGCACCGAGACAGAACGAGACGACGCGAAUAAUGAUAAAUACGUGAAUAAAACUGUAUUAUAUACAUCAAUUAAUGUGAAAAAAACGCGCAGUGAGAGAAGAUGAACAUGUUAAGUUCGAUAGAACUUGCUGAGAAGAAAUAUCCGUGAUAUUUUGUAGAUCAAGUACUUUUAGUGAAACAAUUGUGUUUGUGUGUACAAAUUUUUGCUUUCGCAAACUAUGCAUGCGUUUCAACGCAAUCAGGAUCACGGGACCAGGAUUGUUGGAUCGCAGUGGAUAAUUGCGAGCUUUGUAUCAGUUUCGGGGGAUAAAAGGUUCCGGUGUUGGUGAAAGAAAACAAAAAAAAAACGGUUCUUAUUGUGUGCGUUCGCGUAAGAUCCAUCGUACGAGAAAUGAGAGACUGUUGUAUCAUUGCGUGAUUAACUAACGAUAAAUCAUCAAAUUUUGAGUGAUCUCAAUUGUUUGCGCAAACGGACUAUCUACAAAAUUUCACGAGAAGCAAAGAUUAAAUUUUCACGCAAAAGAAUUUGAAUUCAAUCGAUCCCUCGUCGAGGAAUCGAGGAAACUACGUUGACGAUCGCGAGAGAAAGAACUAGGAGCGUCGUAAUGUCGCGCCGUUGUUACGUCUAGCGCCGGCCUCAUCAUUCCGCGAAGCGCGAGCUUCAAGUACUUCGACGGCGUCGGGCUCGCCGAGAUGAGCGGCGGCAGCGGCGGCGGCGGUGGCGGUGGCGGCGGCAAUCAAGGUGGUAACGCUAAUGCUACGACCUAUCAUCAGCAUCAGCAACAACAACAGCAGCAGCAGCAGCAACAGCAGCAACAACAACAACAACAACAGCAGUCACUGGAGCAGGCUGGUCUGCUGUCUGAUCUCAAUGGCAUUGAUCUGGCGAUGAGCCUAUCGCCUAAACAGCACUCAUCCCACGUGCAAACAGCCGGCGGUGCUCACACGACGCCGUUCAGCGUUACUGACAUCCUGUCGCCGAUUGAGGAAUCUUACCGGAAGCUCGAACUAGCCGCCGCUGCCGCUGCCGUCGGUGUCGGCGUUGUCACGCAUUCCCAGGCCUCACCUUACGGGAACGCUUGUGGUGCACGGGUGGGCGGCAACACCGGUAGCUCGAGCGCGAGCAGCGGCAGCCCGCCGUUGCACGGCGGCUCAACGCCCGGCGGUAGCACCCCCGGACCGGUUUCCUCCGUUGCCAACGGGGCCGUCCCCGGCGGCGGCGGUAGUGCCGGCGGCGGCAUGAGCGCCAUGGGUAAUCCUUACGCCACUAUGCAGCUUACAUCGCAAUACCAGUACUGCGCCGCGGAAUUGUCACCGUAUCAUCACGCCGGGCCUGGCGUUGGCGCCACGGCUACGGCAGCGGACCCCAUGCGGUCCCACGCGGUGUCGUCGCAUCAUCAUCCUUGGUACGCACCGGCGCCACCGGCUACCAACGAUCCGCGCUUCGCCAUCUCGCGACUGAUGGGCGCCGCGGCAGCGGGCGCCGGGACCAAUAUGGCCGGCUGUUCGGUGGGUCAGUCGAUGGGCGACGUGACCAAGUCGUCGGGGAUGGGGGUGGGUGUCGGCGUCGGGGUCGGCGUCGGCAUGGGCGUCGGCGCGAUGCAGUUCCCCCUCGCUCAGAGACGGAAGAGACGCGUGCUCUUCACCCAGGCCCAGGUUUACGAGCUCGAAAGGCGAUUCAAGCAGCAAAAAUACCUCAGUGCACCCGAACGGGAGCAUCUGGCAUCUUUAAUACAUUUAACGCCUACGCAGGUGAAAAUAUGGUUUCAAAAUCACCGGUACAAGUGUAAGAGGCAAGCAAAGGAGAAAGCUAUGGCCGAGCAAAACGCCCAAAAUCAGAGCGCGAGUUCGCCGCGACGGGUGGCGGUGCCAGUGCUGGUGAAGGACGGCAAGCCGUGCGGGAGCGGCGGGGGCGGCGGGAACGAGGGUAGCCGCGGCGGGCCCAGCGCGGCCCUGGCAAGUCCGGCGCCGCACAUGACCGCGGCCUCGAGUCCGCACGGCACCCACCAUGCGGCCGCCUCGUCUCAUCACUCGGUCGUGGCCGGCGUCAGCCACGUGAUGAGUUCGAGUCAGAGUCUCCAGCACUGCUCGUACACGCGUGCCGGCGCUCAACAGGGCAUGCAGCAGCAGCAGCAGCCGCAGUGCGGCGCGUAUCUGCCGUUACAGGGCCGCGCCUGGUAGUGCGCGCCAUCCGCGGCGGGGGCCGCGGCCUACGCCGCCAAUCCCUCCGUCGCAGGCCCAUGGGCCCUCGCCGCGGAUCCGGCCGCUUGGUACGCCAUACCCGACGACAGUCCUUAGAAGGAGGGAGGGUGACUGACGCGACUGAUCGUCCACUGAAUCGUGCGCAGCAGCACGGGGCCGCAUCGCGGAAACGGACAAUGUCAUCGGGAUGAACCCGAGCUUCGUUUCCGCCGCAUCAUCCGGUUCAUCAUGCGUCGCAGUUGUCUGAAGUGCCUGCGGCAGCGAUCGCCGCGGACCCCUUUCUAUCUGCUUGAAAGAUUCGCCCGUAAGCUGCGCUCCAUCACACCAUUACCAGCAGGAUAAUUCUAUUCAUUGCAUUGCAUGUGUAUACCUUUCGCGCAAAUCGUGCAACGUUACAGCAGCAAUCGACAAUCGAUGGUAUCGACUCGGUAUAUGCUCGGUGAUUGUAGGGACUAUUAAAGUGUGAUAACUUGCAAUUAUCUAUGGUCAAUGAAGUAUGCGCUCUCGUGGUCAAGAAUCGGGCCGACCGAUCGCUGAUAUUACGAUGAGAACACUUCAAAUCGAGAUUAUCGUACAUCGAUACAAUAAUCGAAUCACGUGGUUUUAUAUCUAUCAUUGCCGCGAAAUCGCCAGCAUUCGUUUUACGAAACUCUAGUUUCGGCUCAAUAACUGCUUUCGUACGAAAAAAAAAAAAGACGAAUGCUGCAUCUUGCAUAUCGAAAGGAAAUGGACACUAUGAAUCUUUUCGCAGAGAGAUCGAGAUGGAAGAAAGUCUCGCGAAGAAGAAGCACGGAAAUCUUGGUGACGUAUUUUCUUGUUACGCAAAGACUACACGUAUUUUAUGUAACGACACAUUUCCCAAACAGCGCACUUUAUUUAUUUAAAAUGGCAGUUUCCAGGUCGUUCGAUAAAUUCAUAAAUAAACUUAUGAGAUGACAAAAGAUUGUAAUAAAAUGAUAUCAACGAUGUACUGAUAACGAUUAGUUAGAAUCAGAUGGGAGAGGUAAUAGUCGCAUUCGGGAAGAAACGCAUUGUUUGUAUAGUCAUCAUGUAGCUGCAAUUUUUUUUUUAUAAUUUAAUAACAUUCUACUUUCUGCAAUCAUAGUAAAAUGAACAUACACGUUGGAAGAAAAGGAAGUGUAGAAACCGUAUAAAAAGAAGCCUAAUUGCAGUUAUACAAUUAUACAGCUAAAUAGCCUUUUAAACGAACUAGAGAUGAAAAUAAAUCAUACAAUAAAAUGAUAUACGACAACACCAGAGAUAUUUUCAAAAUUAAAAAAUUCAAGAAAAGGAAUAAAGUUGUUAAAAAUAUUGCGGGUUUCCCUUUGUUUCUCUCGAAUCAUUUGACGUCGAUUCUUUUUUCGCGCGGCAAAAAUUUAUUCGAAUAUCACUUUUAUUUAAAAUAACACACCUUUCAACAUUCCAGUAUUAUACAUUUUAAUUAAAAAUUAGAUUUCUCAAAGCAAUAUGCAUUUGUUGCUCUAUAUGGUGCUUAGUUCGGUUUUCAUUCAAGAAGAAUCAAUCUUAAAAAAUGCAAUUACGUGAUAAAUGUACGAUACAUUGUUGCUUUACAAUGUCAAAUUUCAGUAUUUGAAGACAGAAUGGAGAACAGAAAUUUCUGUGUAUAUUUAUAUAGAAUAUUUAUAUAUGUAAGUAAUUGAUUUCUGCACCGAUCCUUUCGUUGCGAUACACGCCUAUUUUUCGGAAGAGCGUUUUAUCCGCGAGAAAAAAAAAAAAUGUAAUUUUCGCAGAUCACGUUCGUAUGUUGAAAUUCGUUUACAGAAUCUCGCCGCGGAAUGAACGACAUUGUAAAGCGCGGCGGAAACAAAACACGCUGCAACACGGAUUAUUGUUCGCCUCGCGAACGAAUUACCAGUUGCCGUUGUCCACUCGAUGGAUUGAAAGCCGUCGAUUCGAAUUACGAAAUAGUACACCGCGGUGAUUGUGACUGCGAUUUCAAGCUGAACGCGACGCGACAUCCGACGCGACAUUCGCGAGCCGACAUUGUAUCGCUCGUGGAAAGUCGUUUCCGAAACAAUGCGUUACGUGGAAUUCGUGCGACACAUUUCGCUGCAUUGUCCGCAAAUGCAAAUAUAUUGUUACGUCGCAUAUAUUAUUUCGUCUGUGCGUGGUGACAUUUUUAUACGACACACGGCCAAUCAAUAAAAUGUCGAUUAUCUUAAUGAAAAUUCGCGCGAAACAAAGUUUUUGAUGAUUUAAACGUUUUCACUCACCCAGCACGACAACUGUGUGCUUAGAAAAAUAAAAAAUUAUUAUCUUUUCGAAACGAAAGAGAUUUAAUUAUUAUAUCUUUACAAAUAUCAUCCAAUCUUGUCAUCACGGCCAGAGAAAUGUCGAGCAAGAAGAAACGAAAUAGUCUUUGUUUUAUCAAUUUUAUAGAAUGCCGACUUUUAUAAAGACAAGAAUAUAUUGUCGGCUUAUUUUUGUCGUGAUAUUAUGCUUUUAUAUAUACACUGAUAAAACAAACUUAACUCGAGUAGUUGCUGGGAUUUAUCGCGCUGUCACAGAUAAUGGAAUAUUAUGUUGCACUGAAUUCCAUUAUAUUCUUACGUAAUGCAUAUUAUGAAUUAAACAAAAAAUAAUAAAUAAUAAUGUCAAUGAAUUUGUUGAAAAUUACAAAAAGAUGUGUGAUUUAUCGAGACGAUUUUAUAAAUCUGUAACGCGAUUUUAUGAUAGUGCUUGAAAGGGCAGAAGGAAAGGGAAGAGAAAAGGAGGAGGAGGAAGAGAAAAAUUCGAAAGUUUUUUUCUUUCUAGGAAAAACGUCGGGGCAAAAAAGUCGGCGGAAGAAAAGUGCGAGUGAAAUGAAUCGAAGUGUUUUUGAGAUUCGAUGAACGUUUCCGCGUGGCAAGUAAGAAUCUUAGGACAAAUGUAAAAUUUACAAUUUCGCAUACUUGAUUGUAAAUGACACAUUGUAAAUACACGUUUAUCGUGAUGCGCGCGAGAUGAGAAAUAUGUUGUGCGUGAGUUACGUGCGUCGAAUCAACGAAUUUCUAAAUCGAACGACGAUGUUCAACUUCUACGAUUUAGCGAGGACGAGCAUUAUUGAACAUUACAUUAUAACGCAGGUUAACGCAGAAUAAAGGAAAAAAAAAAAAAAAGUAUAGGAUCGACGAUAGUGAGUAGCGUGUCGUGAUGAGAAAAUCACUAGAGAUUAUUAUAAAAUUUUGUAAAUAAUAAGAGAGAUAUUAAUAAAACACGAUACUUAUUCAAACACCAAA